GAUAUCUUUUUGUAUUUGGGCUGUUGUGAAAGAACAAAGAGAAGGAGAAUAAACCUGGAUUUUCUGUUAUUGAUAAUCUGAAUUCGGGUUUCGGAUUUUGGGUUUUCGGUUUUUAGGGUUUUAUUUUUCUACAAUUUAAUUAAGCUUUAUUCAUUAUGGACAUAGACAAACCCCAAAAACCUAAGAGGCUUUAUCAAGUCUGGAGAGGAAGUAAUAGAUUCUUUUUGGGAGGAAGGUUGAUAUUUGGUCCCGACGUAAGCUCAUUAUUCUUGUCGACAUUCUUAAUUGUCGGUCCGUCGAUUGCAUUUUGCAUAAAGAUCUUGUUCGUAAUCAAACACCACCUCCGAGAAAACAAAAACGACGUCGUGCCGUGGUACCCUGUUCUUGCAGUGGCUAUAGUACUAACCAUUUUGGAUAUAUUCUUUCUCUUUCUUACAUCAAGUAGAGAUCCCGGAAUCGUACCUAGGAAUACGAAACCACCCGAAUGCGACGAGGCAUUCGAUAUAAACACUCCUUCGAUGGAGUGGGUCAAUGGCAGAACUCCUCAUCUAAAACUCCCGCGGACGAAGGACGUUUCGGUAAAUGGACACACAGUGAAGGUGAAAUUCUGCGAUACGUGUCUUCUCUACCGGCCGCCACGCGCAUCUCAUUGCUCCAUUUGCAAUAACUGCGUGCAGAGAUUCGAUCAUCAUUGCCCGUGGGUUGGUCAAUGCAUCGGUAUACGUAAUUAUAGGUUCUUCUACAUGUUUAUAUCGACUUCGAUGACGUUGUGCUUGUACAUAUUUGUGGUGUCGUGGUACAAUAUUGUUCACCAAAAGGGCAGUGUGUGGAAAGCUAUGUCGUGCGAUUAUUUGUCGGAUAUUCUGAUUGUGUACUGCUUCGUUUCUUUCUGGUUUGUCGGCGGCUUAACGAUUUUCCACUUCUACUUGAGUAGCACUAAUCAGACUACGUACGAAAACUUCAGAUACCGAUAUGACAAGAAGGAGAAUCCGUAUAACAGAGGAAUGAUUAACAAUUUCAAAGAAAUAUUCUUUUCCAGAAUUCCGCCUUCGAUGAACGAUUUCCGAGCUUUUGUUGAGGAAGAUGAAGGUACGGUUGUGGAGCCCACUAAUCAUAAUUUCAUGGGAGGUAUUAUCGCAAGCUCGAAAGAGAAAAUCGACAUCGAAAUGGGAUCGAAAAACAACGGCCUUUCACUUCCUGAUAUUCUCCGUAAUUUGGAGUACGACGAAAUUGAGGAGAGUAUGAAAUACAAUGAAGGUAGUGAAAAAUCCGAUUCUAAUCGGUAUAUAAUUCAAGUGGACGAAAAUGAAGAAGAGAAAUGUGAUGGUAUAAUAUCGGAGCGAACUAAAGAAACGAGUCGAGCCUAAAUUUAAAGGUAAAAUCUAAUUCGAACAUCGAUUGACAUGCUUAGUGUCAA